UCAGUGUCUCUGCUGACUUUCUCUCUGCUGAGAUCAGAGCAGUUCAUAAGUGUAGGAGAGUCAGAGUGAGGAGCUUCUGGACCUUCUGGACCUUCAGGUAUCUGGGUCUGAAGAGCGAUGCUGCCAUGUUUUCCCAGAGCUCAGUAAAUAUUCCAGCAGCGCUGAUCCUCAUUUUACUGGCAGGUGAACUGUCUAACCAGCACUGGGGUGUGACCUACACUCCUGAACGUGUCUGUGCUCUGAAAGGAUCAUCAGUUGAUCUGUCCUGCACUUAUAAACACCCUGAAGGACUCACAGUGAAUAGAUCAUUCUGGUUCAUUGAAAGUCUCCGGCAGCCUGGUGUUGAAUCUGAGGAUGUGAAAGAGUCUGAUCAGUAUAAGGGGAGAGUGCAGUACAGCCGGACCCUGAACUCCUGUAGAAUGACCAUCACUGACCUGAGAGAGAGUGACGCUCACACAUACAGGUUCAGAUUCUACACUGAUGAUCCUGGCGGCAGUUUCUCUGGCAGAGGUGGAGUCACUCUGUCUAUCACAGAUCUGAAGGUUACAGUGUCAGAUACAGAUGGAGGAGUAAAGAAGCUGACCUGCAGCUCCACCUGCACUCUGCCCAACAACCCCACCUACAUCUGGUACAGGAACGGACAGCCUGUAUCUGAGUGUGAAUCUGCCUCCUGCCCUGUAGCUGUGGUCAGUGAAGCGGUCAGCUACAGCUGUGCUGUUAAAGGCAGUGAUCUCCACUCUCCUCCAGUGUAUAACAGGACUUCAGUAUAUGCAGCUUCUGGAGGCGCCGUGGUUUUACUUCUGAUAUUCAUUGCAGUCUUUUUGUGGAUGAGGAGACGAGCAGCAGUGACCAGCAGCAAGAAAGAGGAGAACAGUGGAGAGGCUCCAAGGACUGGCGACGACACUUACUCAGCUCUGAACCCCACCACCAUGUCCUCCGACUAUGACACUCUGACUCAUUUUAGAGACUCUCCCAGUGGCACGUACUCGGCUCUGAACCCCAACACCAUGUCCUCUGACUACGAAACUCUCACAGAACCUGAAAUCACACACAAGCACACAACCACACAAGUACCAGGCUUUAAGAGAAAAGAGCACGUGACCAACACAUUAACAUUACCACAGCACGCAAAGUGUGAAAAGAGGUGUGCCCAAGAAGAGAGGAAGCCUUCCGAAGGUAACCGACUGCGGAACUGCCGCAGACACAGCCUGUUAGAGACUCUCCCAGUGACACGUUGUCCGUCCACACCCAGCGAUGAGAAGAGCUCCAGAGAACGAGAACUAACAGCUGUUCAUUUACUCUUCAUUCACCACUGCAGCUUCAGCUCUAUGGACAGAACAUUAAAGAGGCGUACGAAGGAUUUCUGA